AUGGACACCAGCCGCAUGCAGCCCAUCAAGCUGGCCCGAGUGACCAAAGUGCUCAGCCUUAACAGCUCCCAAGGCCAGUGCAUGCAGGUCCAAGUGGAAUUCAUGGAUGACACUAGUCGCUCCAUCAUCCGCAAUGUGAAAGGCCCCGUCUGGGAAGGAGAUGUGCUGACGCUGCUGGAAUCAGAGCGAGAGGCUCGCCGCUUGCGCUGA